UAGAUGUAGAAACAACGAACCAUCAACAGAUGGUAUUGUAACAACAACAGUAUUUCAUACAGUUAAUGGUGAUUUCAGCGAAUGGAAGGAACAAAAUGAUGUGGAUGUUUGUGAAUUAACCAAGCAGAUACGUGAGCAUACCAUUGCAGAAAAUGUCGCCAAAAAGCUGAAGCAGCCAAAAAGCCAUCAAAACUCAUCUAAUUCUGCAUCAUCCAGUUCUACAGCCUCUUCAACAAUGCCAUCAGAAGCAGCAAAAAGUAUGACAAGCUAUACCAGUAAACUCCCUGAAGAAGGAAUUCAUAAGAAACUUGUUGCUGAACUUGCUAAAUCUGCCAGUGUCCAUCCGGAUAACCCAUUAGAACAAUUAAGUGCAUCUGGGGAGGGAUUUGACAAGAGUUUUGUACCAAGAGAUGUCACAUGCAUUUGGGACUAUGCUGGUCAGCUGACUUACUAUAUAUUACACAGAUUAGUUCUGACAGAUGGAUACUACUGUGUUGUAUUCAGUGUGUUAGAUGAUUUGGACGCCCUUGCAACACCAAGAGAUUUCCAGCAAGGACAAUUUGAAAUGACAAAUCUUCAGAUGAAUGUGUUUUGGAUGCGGUCAAUAUAUGAACACGCUGUACUACCCUAUCCUGGAAGGACAAAGAAGUUAAUCAAUGGCAUAUCCUCACCAACGAUAAGUUUAGUUGCCACACACAAAGAUAAAUUAUUGGGGACCGAGUCAAAAAAUGACAAGCUGAUCACAACCAAGUUCAAAAGAAUAUUUGAUGAAAUAAAAGGAACACCAUAUGCAAGCCAUGUGGAUCGUGAGAUGUAUGUUGUAGAUAACACUGUGGCUAUUGAUGAAGGGAUUGAGAAAUUGAAGAAGAAUGUUGGAAAAUACAUGAAGUCAACGGCAAAACCUAUUCCCACUAGCUGGGUUGAUUUCCAAUCCAAAGUACAAGAUGUUGGAAAAACAAAACUCCGUCUUUCUUUAGAUGAGGUCGCAGAAAUUGCAUCUAAAUGUGGAAUUUCUAAAGCAAUGCUUAACACUGUCCUCGAUUAUCUAAAUGACACUGGAAUAAUUCUGUACUCUAAGACUAAUGAGAAGUUAAAGUACACGGUUAUUACGGACUUGCGCAUGAUGAUCGACAUUGUGACAAAAGUCAUCACGGUAGUGAAACCUGAUGAUAUUGACAAGUUACCUAUACUGAUGCAAUGGAAUAAGCUCGACAGUGAGGGAAUUCUACAAGAGCAAUUGCUACGUCAUUUGUGGCGAUUUGAGAUAGAGAAAGAUGCCAGCAACUUUGAUGUUUUUGUAGAACUAAUGAAAAAGUUUGGAUUGCUGUUUGAGAAACAAAAGGGAUCUCAAACUGGUAACCGAAUAUUCAUGGUUCCCACUCGGAUGCAAAUCAAUAAAGAGGGCUUGGAAGUUAAGGAAGACGAGCAGCAAACGGUAUCGAUUUAUGUGACGCCUAUCGACUUCCUACCGGAUGCUGUCUACAAUUUGCUGGUCGUUUCAUUUUUAGACUUGAUGAAUGACAAAGGUAGGAGUGGUGAUCAUGUGGAAUUGUUUCGGAAUCGUAGUGACUUUGACUUAGAUGAUGAGCAUGUAGUGAGUCUAGGAGCUGUCAAAAUCAAGAACAGGCAUGCAUUGAAGAUUGAAAUAUCACGUAUGAUAAAAGUUGAUGAACAUGGCAAUGAAGAAACUCUCGAACCACAUCCUAGCGUCUGCAUGGAGGUAUUAAGUUACCUCCGACAGCAGUUGAAAACUGUGUAUGUUACUACAGAAGGAGUUGGCUAUGAGUUACGCAUUUUUUGCAAUGCCUGUGAACCUACGCUGCGACCGUUGCAUAAACUUGAGGAAUGUUUAAAGAAAGGUAGCGUGCGUUGUGGAAUGAAGAAUGUUGCAAUGACUCGUAUCAGACGACUCUUUUCAACAGGUUUUGAUGAUAACUCUGCACAAGAAAUCCUGAAUUUUCUGGCACUUCAGACCUUGAUUGUUGGUUGUGGAACUAAAGAACUACGGAGGUACUUUCUAGACAAAUCUAAUCUUGCGCAAUCAGAAGUUACACCAUUUCUGACCAGGGAGAGGCAUGGAUUAUUAAUGGAUGUUGAUUUUGGAGAUGAGGCGACAACAGUUUUUUCAUCAACCAGCAAUAUUGCUGCAUUCCAUAUGAGCAUCAUGGUGAAGUUAAUUCGCUACUGUUGCCACAACACCAAAGCAGAAGACUUCUGGGAGAACCCUAAGGAUGAUGACAAUUCUGAGCUGGCAAAUCUUGUCCGCAUCUAUCAAUACAAGAAAACUGUUCUCGACUGCAGUUACAGCAACAGUGUCACAGAGGAGGAGUUUGAUAAGCGAUGGAAGGAACUCACUGCUAUUUUUACAGGUGUUGGGGUUCCUGUUGAAGACAUUGAGAAUUACCGCGACCCGUGGCAUUAUAAAGAUGGAGCCAUGGAAGAAGUAGGUAUUGGGCACACUGUCAUUGAAGAAAUCAAGAAUUUCCAGGCUAUUUCAUCAGCUGUCGUUGAUGUUGGUACUGCAACCAUGAGAGAUUACAUAUUAGAGGUUAAUAAAAUUAACAAGAACGAUGUAGGAAAUUAUCUACUCUCCGAGAAGAGUAAAAAUAGCUUUAAGAAUGCAUGGAAAAAUAUCAGUCAAGAUCAGAGGUCUAAAAUGUUCACAACAUCAGCUGACAUAGAUACGUUUGAUAUUUCUAUUAUGUAUUUAAUAAUUCGAAACUGCUCCAAUGGCAUCCCAGAGUCAUUUUGGAAAGAACCAUUUAGAUUGCCUAACUUGGUGCAAAUCCACAACUACAGGAACACAAAGCUGGCACAUUCCCCCAACAGUAGAAUGUCAAAUAAAGAAUUUGAAAUUGAAUGGAAGAAAGUGAGAUCAAUGUUGCAUGCUGCAGGUGCUUCUUUAACCGACAUAGACAAAUAUAAGGCACUAAGAUUUAUCAACUAAAUGCAUAAUUCUACUUUGUAUUUAAAUUUCUGCUGCAAAAUAUGAACGCAUGUGUUUGUUGUAUAUUUUUGUCCACUAACAUGACAUUGUAAACAUUUCAGCACGGAGCAAUAUUUCUGAUUUUUAACUUGUCUGGUUUAAUAGCAAAACACUUUGGGUACCAGGGGUACACAAUCACAACUUUAUUAAUUAGUGUUUACACACCAGUUGUAAAUUGUAGCUUGCAGUGUCAUAAUGCAAAGAAAUUGAACAGUACUGUCGUAGCAUUGUUUAAAAAUUACUUAAAACUUUAAAUGUUUAUGUGUGUGUUUAUUAACGUUAUCUACUGUGGUAUCAGCACCACUUUAUGCUAAAGCUCCUUAAUUUUAUUAAUAAUAAUAAUAAUAAUAAUAAUAAUAAUGUGAAGCUCUAUGAGCUUACAUAAUCAUUACCCAUGUCAUUCGAUUAUGGAACACGAACUCAGGCUCCUGGGGAAGUAUUCCGUAAAAUUUGGUAACAUUUGCACAUUUUGGCAUUUAACCCUACCAGGUACCCACUUAUACUCCUGGGUGGAGAGAAGCAAUGCAGAUAAAGUGCUUUGCCCAAGGACGCAAGUGAAAUGCACAGCGAGGGAUUGAAACCCUGACCAUGAGGUUGGGAAAACCAUCCUUACUGUGCCAAACCACUUCCAUUAAGGGAUGUCAUUGUACAAUAAUAGGCAGUUUUUCCCGCACGACUUUAACCUUAAACUUUAACGUCAGUAACCAAAAUGCACGCGAUAGCUCCCCCCUUUUUGUAAACAAAUCGAAGUAUGCAUGCGCAAACCCAUAACUAACAUACAUCGAGCACGUAAAAUCCUGAAAUUAACGUCAUUAUGACGUUAUCGGUUAACCUUAACGUCGUGCAGCGAAAACUACCAAUUAAUGAAAAUGUAGAUUUUUGAACAAUCAAAGCUUAAUACUGUAUUUAUUGUACUUACUUGGUACUUGGCAUUCCAUGACAGGAAUAUCUGUCUGUCAUUGACUGAUAAACAGUUGACUAAAUACACUGCUGAUAUACUUAUUCAGAGAGAGAUCAGACUGGUACUUUACAAUUGACUUAUAAUUUAGUUUCUUAUUAAUUUACAUACAUGCUACUUAUAGAUGAUAGUUUAAUAUUGUGAAUGGAAACUGUUCCUGAUAAAUUGAUGUCUAUCAACCUGGCUGUUUUUACUUGCCUUCUGGGGGAUAGAAGAAGUUGUCUUCCUAUGCACUUGUUCGAAGUGAGAUUGAGCAAAAACAAAUGAAACUUUUUAAGAAUCUUGGCUAUGUAUUCGCAUUAUAGAUAGAGUUUAAGUAGGUUUCAAGAAGAAUGUAGAUAUUCACCAAGGAAUUUAGAUUCUUUAAAUUAUGUUUACCAUCACCAACCACAGAAUUUAUGAAACAAUUUGAGGUUUUUGAAGAAUCAACUUAACAUUUACUAAUGAAAGAUCAACAAGAAAUAAACUGUAGACAUUUUUCAAAUCAGGGUUGUUUUAAAGUGCUAUGUUUUCACAUUAUAGAUAGAGUUUAAAUAGGUUUCAAGAAGAAUCUAGAUAUUCAAUAAGGAAUUUAGACCCUUUAAAUUAUGUUUACAGUCACUAACCACAGAAUUUAAGAAGUGAUUGAUUUCAUACAGGGGUAUAUUUUUAUGGCACACACUGUAAAAAGAUUUUGAUUUAGAAAAAAGAAGAUAUUUGAUAUAAGAACAUUUGUAAUUAAGCAGUAGGUUGUACUGAUAACCCUUUUGUGUGCGUUUCGUUGUCAUUUGUACAUUUUAUCACAAUCUUUUGUAAAAACCACCAUUUGGUUGAAAAGUGUAUCAUGCUGAAAUAUAAAUUGAUUUUACCCUUUAUUGAUCAUAUACACAUGCCAUGACAUAAUAUGUAAUUAUAACAACUGAAUUUUAACAUUAAAAAUAUUUUAUUGUAAUGAGAACUUAAGUAUACAGAUUAAGUAAUUCAAAUAUGUUUGAAUUCAAUUUUUCAAUUUUUAGCGUGCCAGACAGUGCAUCUUUUGAUGUAUACAUUUUUUUUCAAUCUACAAAGUUUAUUUUAUAUCUACAACAAAUGAAACUGUACAGUAAAAUCAUUUAUGAGGCUAGGUAUGAAGUGCUGUCUAAAAUAUUUCUAAUGUACACUGGGCAUGAUAUACAUUUUUUGUUUGUAAAUUUUUAUCCAUUUUAAGUCAUUUAAAUGUUUUAUUUGGUAUAAAAGCAUUGCAUUGAUUUUCAUUUAGAUAAAUAAAUGUUACUUUGACUUGGAAGAUGUUUUUGUUGAGUGUGAAUAAUUCCUGUGCUGUAAAUUUAUUUAAACCCAAGAGACUGAGUGAUUGGAAUGCAGGC